AAAGGGAGAGAGAGAGAGAGAGAGCAAGAUAGAGAGAGAAAGGUCUGUGCAGCAUGCAAAUUCCGAGUCCUCCCAAAAUAAUUUCCACUUCCUUUAAUCCAAAUCUUCCAAAUACCAUUUUCACUCGUUUCUCUCGCACCCCGCCAUCAUCUCUCAAAUUUUGAGCUUCUUUUUCCUUCAUCCAUGGCGGUUUCCGACGUUGAAGCAGUACUGCAAUUUCUGAGGAAAAAUGGGUUCUCAGAGGCAGAGUUCGCUCUCAAAAGGGAUAUGGUCGAAAAAUCGAGAUUAGGUUCUUUUGAUUUUGAGAAAUUCUUCUUUCCUAUGGUUCCUCCUCCACCUCCCCUCAGAAUUCCAUCCGUUUCCAGGAAAUUUCCCGCUCUUUCCAACGGCGACGGAGACGGAAACGAUCGUUGUGGAUCGAACUCUGUUUCCUCCGAUGAUGAGUUCGUGAGCUUGAGGUCUUCUACUUCUGAUGUUUGCUCUUCUGAGUUCAUCAAUCCGUAUGGUAUUCCAUCAGAUUCUUCUUCAGAUAUUGCCUCUCAGUUCGACACGGCGCGCGAUUACCAUGAAUUCGAUUUGCCUUGGUAUGAUGAACAAGAGGAUGUGAAUUUCAUGACACCCUCCUUUGAGGGUCAGGAUUUGUUUGGCUGCCCAAGUGAGGAUAAGUUCAUAAUGUCCACUGAGAGAGAUGAACAAUAUAGUAGUUUAUCAGCUCCGGAGAAGUCGAUUCUUUGUUGUGCAGCUCCAUCUAGUGAUGAAAGUUUGCUCGAGGUCAUAGAUCAUCCUUAUUGUGUCGAUAGAUAUAAGCAACUUGAAGGAGGCUUCGAGGGGUUUCCUGAGGAUUCUAUUCCUUUUUGCAAAUGCUGUGCUGCCAAUGGAGAGUUUUAUAGCCAGAAGACUGCUGAUUGUAGUUAUCUGAAUCCGAGUUUUAAUGAAACAGUUAAAGACAUUGCCACAAACUGUGAUUCAGCUCCUUGUCGUGAUUAUUCGAAAGGGUUUGAAGAUCACAAUGAUCCCCAAAAUAAGUCGGUACUUAAUGCAACCAGUAGCUAUAAAGAUGGAAGUCAUGAAGUAGAGGAUGAAGCCAAUGAAUCUGAAGCAGCUGCAGAUGGAGAUGGCGUUGCUGCUGACGAGCUCCCGAUUUAUAAUAUCUGCGACGACGAAUUCGAAGUGUUUGAUCUGAGAAUUAUACAUAGAAAGAACAGGACUGGGUUUGAAGAGAGCAAGGAUUUGCCUAUUGUUCUAAAUACGGUCCUUGCAGGCCGAUACUACGUAACCGAGUACAUAGGAUCGGCCGCUUUUAGUAAGGUUGUCCAAGCACACGAUCUUCAGACAGGAAUCGACGUUUGCCUGAAGAUCAUAAAAAACGACAAAGAUUUUUUCGAUCAGAGCUUAGAUGAAAUCAAACUUUUAAAGCUUGUCAACAAACAUGACCCGGCAGAUCAGCACCACAUUUUACGACUUUACGACUACUUUUAUCAUCAGGAACGUCUCUUCAUUGUUUGUGAGCUACUUCGAUCGAACUUGUACGAGUUUCAAAAAUUCAAUCAAGAAUCUGGUGGAGAUGCUUAUUUUACAUUUCGUAGGUUGCAGUUCAUCGCGCGUCAAUGUUUGGAGGCAUUGGAGUUCUUGCAUCAUUUGGGAAUCAUUCACUGUGAUCUAAAGCCAGAAAACAUUCUUAUGAAAAGUUACAAACGAUGCGAGAUAAAGGUUAUCGACCUUGGAAGCAGUUGCUUUCGAUCAGAUAACUUGUGCCUAUACGUGCAGUCUCGAUCCUAUAGAGCUCCCGAAGUAAUGCUAGGUCUUUCAUACGAUCCAAAGAUCGACUUGUGGUCUCUCGGUUGUAUCUUGGCUGAGCUAUGGUCCGGAGAAGUAUUGUUUCCAAAUGAGGCAGUUGUAAUGAUCCUUGCUCGGAUGAUUGGGUUGUUCGGUCCGAUCAACACAGAGAUGCUGCUAAACGGACAGGAGACACACAAAUACUUCACAGAAGAAAAUGAUCUGUAUUAUAUGAAUGAGGAAACGGAUCAAAUGGAACUCAUCAUCCCUGAAGAGACCUCCUUGGAGGAUCAUCUGCAGGUUUUCGACUCCGGGUUUGUUGAUUUUCUCUCUAACUUACUCGAGAUCGAUCCAGAAAGACGACCAACUGCAAAGGAAGCACUUGCACACCCGUGGUUUUCGCAGUCGUACGAAUAGCUGUUUCCGUAAAUUUUUUUUGAAGAAAUAUUCAUUACCCAUCAAUUAAAUUAAAGAAAGGAAUAAGAGAAAAAGAAGUUGGCUUCUGGUUUUGCAUUUUUGUAGUUGUAUAUUCAUGGAGCUUGUUUGUAAAUUUGUGAAAGAACUUUGCAUAUAAAUUUUGAAGAACAGUUUCUUGAA